AUGGCUAAUUAUUCUCAAAACGUUUACUUUGAACUCAUUGGGUUUGUGGGAGUACCAGAAAAGUACAACCUUGUGCUCUCGUUCAUGAUGUUUACUGUCUACAGCACGGCGUUAAUAGCCAAUGGCACCGUUAUCGUCCUGAUAUUGGUAAGCCGCCACUUACACCAACCCAUGUACAUCUUCAUUGCCAACCUGGCCUUUUCCGACCUGCUCUUUGACACCGUCACCUUGCCAAAGUUUAUUGCUAAGUAUUGGUUCGGAGCUGGAAGUAUGUCUUUCUCUCAAUGUUUCUUGCAGCUGUUCUUCGUCCAUUGUUUGGGAAGCCUGGAUUCCUUUAUUCUCGUGCUUAUGGCUGGUGAUCGAUAUGUGGCCAUCUGUUACCCACUGAGAUACUCCUCCAUUAUCACUCAUAGAGUCACUAUUGCGAGUUGCAGUCUCAGCUGGCUCUUAGCAGUCAUCUCUGCCUUGGUGACACCUGUUCUAAUCGGACAACUUCCAUUCCCCGGGCAAACCAAAAUCUUUAGCUGCUUCUGUUCCAGUUCUGCCCUCUUGCGCUCGGCCAUUGGAGACGUUACUCAGGUUCGACAAACUCUCCUGAUCGUUGCUCUAUGUGUGCUCCUCAUCCCAUUGGUGGUCAUCCUGUUAUCUUAUGUCAUCAUAAUUAUAACUAUUCACUGUUCUAGCGUUUCCAGUAACUGGCAGAAGAUGUUCUACACAUGCACCACUCACUUGCUUGUUCUUAACAUCUAUUACAUCCCUAGGGUAUUUGUCUAUAUUGCCAAUUUUGCUAAACUCAUCCUACAACCUGAUAUCAAUGUCCUGAUACUUUGCAUCUACUCCUAUUUGCCGCAUAUCGCCAACCCCAUCAUCUACUGUCUCAGGACUGUGGAGAUCAAAAACACCAUUGUAAACCUUUUCAGGAGGAGGAUUGGGCUCACAGCGUGA